UUUAUUUAUUUAUUUGAGAUACAAAAGCACUUUAAAUUUACUCUUCCAACACAAAUAACGCAGAAGCCUUCCUCAACCCAAGAGCCAAGAGGAAGCUGAUGCUUUGCUGGUUUUGAAUAAGCCAUGUAAUUGAAGCUGGUGUUGUUAAUUUGCAGUAAUAAAUGGUGUUUGUAUGUAUAAUGAUGGAUGUGCAUUUUUUGGUUGUUGAGAGCAAUUAGGAAAUCAUUGCUGCUGAUAGCUUCUCAAUAUAAGUUAAGCACUCAUUUAUCAGUUGAUUGAAAGGAAAUUUAGGAGUAGUGUUGUGUGUUUAUAAAUGGAGCAAGGUUUGGGAUCUAAUUCAAAUGCUAAUCCUGGGUCAAUUGAUAAGUCUAGGGUUUUAGAUGUGAGGCCAUUGAGAACCCUAGCCCCUGUUUUCCCAAAUCCACCCGGUAUGUCUUCAGUUGCAACCCCUCAACCCACGCCCUUUACAUGUGUCCCGCCCUCUGGCCCGUUUCCUCCUGGAAUCCAACCAUUUUUCCCUUUUCUUGCUAGUGACACUCGGCAAGCCGGGCUGGGUGCACAUAGUCAGUCUGGUAACUUUGGGUUUGGUAGCAGCAUACCGGCUCCCAUCCCUUUAAAUUCGUUUAGGACCCCUACGCCUCAGGCGAAUGGGGGCAGCAGUCAGCGUAAGAGGGCUUCCAAAGCACGUGGGCGGCCGCCUAUAGUAAUAGAGGAUGACGGAUAUAGUGACUCGCAGAAUCAGAGUGAUCAGUAUGGGAGUGGGUUUAGCACGCAUGAUGGUGAUGCAGAUGUUGCCAGUAAUUCACGUAAGAGAAGGGGUCGGCCUAGGAGAGUAGCCGAGAAUGGUGAAGGGUAUGAGUCGUAUGACAUUGAAUCAUUAGUGGACAGCUUCAUGGCGUCGUUUAAGCUUAAUAAUUUUGAUGAGUUCAGAAAUACCAACAGCGACAAGGACAUUGUCAGGACCAUACUCUUGACCUUUGAUUUGAUUAGGCGACGGGUCGCCCAACUUGAAGAAGCCAAGGAUGCGUCUCGUGGGGCUGCUAGACGCCCGGACCUGAAAGCUGGUGCUCUCUUGAUGAACAAAGGAGUCAGAGCAAAUCACCCGAAGAGGAUGGGGCAUGUUCCUGGGGUCGAAGUUGGUGAUAUCUUUUUCUUCAGAAUGGAGUUAUGCAUUGUGGGGGCACACACUCCGAGUAUGGCCGGUAUAGAUUAUAUCACCAUGAAACUUUCCGUGAAUGAAGAACCCAUGGCCAUCAGCAUUGUUUCAUCUGGAGGAUAUGAUGAUAAUGGAGACGAUACUGAUGUGUUGAUUUACACUGGUCAUGGCGGGCAGGCGGGGAAAGAUGGGAAAAUGUCUGAUCAGAAACUAGAACGGGGAAAUCUUGCUCUUGAGAAGAGUCUGCAUCGUUCCAAUGAUGUAAGAGUCAUAAGAGGUAUAAAAGAUACUGUUGGUGUUGGUAAGAUCUAUGUUUACGAUGGUUUGUAUAAAAUUCAGGAGUCAUGGGCUGAGAAAAACAAAUCUGGAUGCAAUGUGUUUAAGUACAAGCUGGGCAGGGUACCUGGGCAGCCAGAAGCUUUUUCAUUGUGGAAAUCGAUUCAGCAGUGGAAGGACGGAUCUGCUAUCCAGCCUGGAGUUAUCCUUCCCGAUCUAACUUCAGGAGCUGAAAGUCAGCCAGUCACACUUGUGAACGAUGUUGAUGGUGAAAAGGGACCUGCUCAUUUCACAUAUAUUUCUAGUCUCAGAUACACAAAGCCUUUCCUGCUUCUAAACAUUCCUCAGGUUGUCAUUGCUUGGGUGGAUGUCAACCAGGCAUGUGCUUGUCCACCAAACUGCAGGAAUCGAAUGUCUCAGGCUGGUGUGAAGGUCCACCUGGAAGUUUUCAAGACAAAGAACAGAGGUUGGGGGCUUAGGUCUUGGGAUCCCAUUCGAGCUGGAGGUUUUAUCUGUGAGUACGCAGGGGAUGUCGUUAAGGAAUUUACUGCAAAUGAUGUUGGGAAGGGUAAGGAUGAUAAUUAUAUUUUUGAUGCCACCCGUUACUACGAGCCAUUAGAAUCUGUACGUGAUGAUUCAGCUGGAUUUGAAAAAUCUCCUCACCCCCUUUGUGUGAAUGCAAAAAAUAAUGGGAAUGUAGCCCGCUUCAUGAACCAUAGUUGUUCCCCAAAUGUGAUGUGGCGGCCGGUUUUACGUGAACUAAACAGUGACUCGUAUCUGCAUAUUGCUUUCUUUGCUAUCCGACACAUUCCUCCUAUGCAAGAGUUGGCAUAUGACUAUGGGAUUGUUUCACCUGAGAAAGGAGGAGACAAAGGGAAGAAAAAGUGCUUGUGUGGAACUGCAAAGUGCAGGGGGUACUUUUAUUGAUGAUGCCAUGUGGCCGUAGCGGGUAAAUUUUGUGGUGCUUAGAUCCCUCGGGAUAAAAGUUCAUGGAAGGAUGAAGGUAGGAUGGAGCUCUCGCCCCAAAACAUGUAGUAUUAGAAGUUGCAGGUAUGCAAUGAACCAGACUCUUUUAGUGAAAGGUAGCAAUUGGUGCAUAUGCACACAGUCUUAGGUUUAUGUAUGUAGUUUGUAUGUAAGAUUAUGCUGGAAAAAAGAAGCUGUAGUUUCUGACUUGGUGAGACGUAGCUCUUUUAGAUCUCACUCGUGCUUUACAUUUUGGCAUCACUACUAACUCGAAUUAGGAGGCUUGAUGUUUGCAAACCCCGCCUCCAUAUUUAAGUCAUGAAAGCGCGCAACUGUGUUUGUGUUGUGGAUUUAUGAAUCGAGGCCCUUAUGUGGGUCUCAUUCUUGAUUUUGUAGUCGUUAUCUGUGGGUGUGCUCUGGCUAAAUCCGCGUAUUAUUGUAUGAAUGAAUGAAUUUUGCCUGCUGGAA